AUGGCGUUUGCUGGGACAAAUAUCAGUUUGUCCCAGCCGGAUAUCACGCAGAAACUAACGGAGCGCAUAGACGACCUGAAACAAAAGAUCGCUGCUUGGGGGAAGCGGAUUCGACGAUUUACCGAGAGGUCAAGGCGGUUCAACCAGAAUUGUCUCUUCCAGAGUAAUCAGAAGAGGCUCUAUAAAUCAUUGGAGCGACCAAAGUUAUGUGGAGCGGGCCAAGGACCGGAUCAGGCUGACAUUAUCGCUAUCUGGCGUGGCCUGUGGUCAGAGCCCGUAAACCACAGUGAGGGCCCUUGGAUGGAAGUUGUGGCGAGCCAGGGUGCGAGUGAUACGCCUAUGGACCCCAUCACCAUAACGCCGGAAGACGUGGCUGAGGUGGUCCGUAGGGCCCCGAACUGGAAAAGUCCGGGGCUCGGCUGCAUCAUUACUGGCUGA